CCCCCGGUCCCGCGUCCCCGGCGCCGCCGGCCCGGAGCUUCCCGAAAGCUCGGUCCAGCCGAGGCGCUCGCUAGGGCAAGCCCCGGGCCGCCCGGGACCUCGGCCGUUCCCCCCCGGACCCGAGAGGCCGCUGCACUGGCUGCCGCUCCUGAUGCUGCUGCUGCCGCCGCGGCCGUCCCACCCUCGGUCCUCCUCUCCGGAGGUCAUGGACCCUCCGCCCCCCCAGACACCCCCUUUCCCCAAGGCGGAAGGCCCCUCCUCCGCCGCGUCGUCGGCGGCGGGGCCCCGGCCCCCGCGGCUGGGCCGCCACCUGCUCAUCGACGCCAACGGGGUUCCGUACACGUACACGGUUCCGCUGGAGGAGGAGCCGCGGGGCCCGCCGCCGCGCGAGGCGCCCCCAGGCGAGCCCGGCCCGCGCAAGGGCUACAGCUGCCCGGAGUGCGCGCGCGUGUUCGCUAGCCCCCUGCGGCUGCAGAGCCACCGCGUGUCACACUCGGACCUCAAGCCCUUUACGUGCGGCGCCUGCGGCAAGGCCUUCAAGCGCUCCAGUCACCUGUCGCGGCACCGCGCCACGCACCGCGCCCGUGCCGGCCCGCCGCACACCUGCCCGCUCUGCCCGCGCCGCUUCCAGGACGCCGCGGAGCUGGCGCAACACGUGCGCCUGCAUUGAGCCGGCCCCGCGCCCACGCCCGGGGCCGCCGAGGUGACUGCCAACCCGGGCCUCGGCUCCCAGUCCGCCCAGCGGGAGGAGCAUCGUCCCCCUUCCCCCUCCCGUCUAGCCGUGUGAUGUAGACCAAAGCCUGCCGCCCCUCCCUGGGCCUCCAGCGGGUCGGACCCGGGCUCCCCCGGCCCCCGCUGCGCGGUGCGAGCCCCCACGGGUGCGGCGAUCUCGCGGCGCCCCGGUUCCCCCACCCCCAAGCCCGGUCUCCCGCCCUGGGAGGCGGGGCACGGCCGGCCAGCGUCCGAGCCAGGCCCGACCCAUCCGUGCCCCCGCGGGCCGGCUCGCCUCCACUUUCCUCUGACGCCCACGGAUUCCUCCCUCGUUUCUCAAUAAACAUUCCGCACUCCG